AUGGCAUAUUAUGGAAAUAAUAUUGACUUUGGUAAAGAAAAUGCUUACAAUAUAAGACAUCAGCCGCAACAAAAUUAUGAAUUUGAAAAGUAUAAUCAUUAUAAUAAACCAUGGAAUUAUGUGGUCACAAAAUAUAUAAACAUGGGCCCACAAAAGAAAUAUACACCAAAUUUGCCAUCCGAAUAUCGACAGUCUUUACCCAAGAAGCGUGAUAAAAAAGUCAAAAAUAAAAAAAUGAAAAAACAAGUAUCAAUGUAUACACCUCCAAUACUCUAUUUCAAAAUUUCCAAAAAAGAUAUCCUACAUUGGAAUAAAUAUUAUGGACAAAUGGAAGAACACAAGAAACCAGGCUAUAAGCAGAAAAAGAAAAAACUGAUAAGUAAAAAACCUGAAGAAGUAAUUAAAUACCCAGGCUUUAAAUAUCCACCAAAGAAGCCAGUUAAACAUUAUUAUCAAGGACCCAACAAAGAAAUGAUAGCAGUGCAAUUUAUUGAUCAUAAAAAUCAUGAAGAAAAUAGUUAUUUAGCAGGAGAACAUUAUGAAUAUGAAGAGGAGGAAAUGCAUGAAGAACAUGAGUUUGGAGGAGACGAAUAUGAAGAGACAGAAUAUGGAGGAGAAGAUGAAGAAGGUGAAGGUGGAGAAGAUGAAGGUGGAGAAGAUGAAGGUGGAGAAGAUGAAGGUGGAGAUGAAGAUGGUGAAGUUGAAGGAGAUGAGGAAGAUGAAAAAGAAGAAGAGGAAGACAGCAGUGAAGAAAGUAGUGAAGAAAGCAGCGAAGAAGAAAAUGAGGAUGAAGAAGGAGAAGAAGAGGGUGAAGAAGAGGAAGACGAGGAAGAGGAGAGACCAGGAGGGAUUAGAGAAUGGUUUCAAAGAAUUCCUACUAGGAAUUUUUCAAAUCUAUUUUCGCUUCCCGUUUUCGGUGGCAGAAGUUUUCGAAUACUCAACGAUGAUGCAAAAGUGUCAAAUUUUAAUGAUUUUAAUGAUGAUUAUGAAAACUACAGAAGUAUAGACCACAACAAGAAGACGUACAAUUCAAUUAAAAAAGGAAAAGAUUCUGGAUUUGAACAUAUAAAACAAUCUGAACGACAAAUCCAAAGUAAAUUACAUCAAAAUAAUUUUGGAACUAAUAAAUAUUUGAAUCCAUUGAAAAUUGGUUUAGUUGAUUGGAAAACAGAUUUUGAUAUUGAUCCAUCAGAAUCUGGUGCUGAGAUUUUGCAAAUACCUGAUGAAACAGUCAGAUUAUUUGAGAUCGAACUUGAAGAGGCUGAUGAUAAUUUUAAAAGCCAAGAAACAGAUUACGAAAUUUUGGAUGAAGUACACAACAUAAAUAAUGAAUUAUUAAGGGAAAACGGUACAGAUAAGGAAGAAGAAAAGAAGGGAAUGAAUAAUUUAGCUCAAAAGGAGCAAUUAAAGGGCAUCAACUUAAAUUUUCUAAAACACACAACGAGUGAAGCACCAAUAUUAGUGGACGUAAUCGAUUUGAACAAUUUUCCAAAACAGAAAGAGGAAGAAUCGAAGGAGGAUAUAUCUCAAGAAAUUUCUUUAACAAGUUCUGAAACCAGUAAAGAAUCACCAGAAAUUAUUGAUUUAAAAGAAAAAAAUGUUCUUUCAUUUGAUGAACAUUCUUUCAAUUGGCGUCCUUCAUUUGAUAAAAAUGAAAACAUUAUGAUAAAAGUAGUUGACGAAGAAAACAAUGGUCCUGAUCAAAAUAUUGAAAUGCAAAUUGUUAAAACUGAUGAUAAUAUUGAUAAUCAAAAUUUCAAUAACAAAGAAUAUAUGGUUUUGCAUGGCGAAAUGUAUAAUUUGGGAAACGAGCAUUUAAAAGAGAUUGAAGAAGAAAAACUUAAUGUAAAUAUGAUUUCAUCUGCGGAACCAACAACUGAUUUGGGAAAUAUAAAAUCACAAAUUAUCAAAACUGAUGAUAAUAAGGAACAAUUAAAUGCCCCAAUAAACAUUGAAUUAAAUACUACAAGUAAUGAGAAUUCGAAUAAUAAAGAAUAUACUAUGGUUUUACAUGGAGAAAUGUAUAACUUGGGAAACGGACAUUUAAAAGAGAUUGAAGAAGAAAAACUUGAUUUAAAUAUGAUUUUAUCUGCUGAACCAACAACUGAAGCUGAUGAAAAAUUACCUAAUCCAAUUAUAGAUUUGAGAUCAUUAGAUUUUGUUGAAAUUUCGCCAAAUAAUGAAAAUUUAAGCAUUUCGGCAGGAAAUGAUAUUUCCCAAGAAAAUGUUUCAGAUCCAUUCAUACUUCAAAAUCAGAGUGAAACAACAAUUUCAAUUAAGGAACCAGAAUCUUCAUUUUAUGACACUACUGAGGAAACUAAUGAGCUACUCGAAGUACAUCCAAUUACAUUUACAACAGAUGCAAAUAUCGAAGCAACAACAGAUUCUUAUAAGGCUAUGAUUUUAGAAAUAAGCACAAAUGCUGAAUCUUUUGAUAAUAUGUUGGAAACUAGUACAAUUUUAAAUACUGAUGACAAAAUAGAUAUAUUUACAACUACCUUAACUCCGAAUAUUAAUGAAAAAAUUGAAAACAACAUAAAUGUUGGUAUUUUAAAAGGACGGCAGGGAAAAUCAAAAUUUAUUAGUCCUUAUGAUAUUUUUCCUACAAUACUUGAAAAUCAAUUUUACUAUAAUAAAGAAAUUGAACAAAAAUUCGAUGAACAAAAUGGUGUUAUAAGUUAUGAAGAAGAAUUAGUUUUAUUGAGAAUAUUUAAAAAUAUAUGGCCUUUAAUUACAAACGAAGCUAAACGAAAUAAAAUGGAACCGAUGAAUCCAAUUAUCGAAGAAUUAUUAAAUAGACCUAGAAGUAGAAAUGAAUUAGAUUUUAGUGAUUUUAAUUAUAAUUAA